CCCGGCCACCCCGGCCCCGUCCGCGGCCCCGGCCCCGCGACCCUCGGCCCCCGUCCCUGCCGCUGAGCCCGCUGACCCGGCCUCGGGCAGCAGCAACAAGCGGAAGCGCGACAACAAGGCCAGCACCUACGGACUCAACUACAGCCUGCUGCAGCCCAGUGGAGCGCGGGCCGCUGGGGGUGGCCGGGCAGACGGUGGCGGGGGCGUGUACAGCGGGACCCCGUGGAAGCGGAGGAACUACAACCAGGGAGUCGUGGGUCUGCACGAAGAAAUCAGCGAUUUUUAUGAGUAUAUGUCCCCAAGGCCCGAGGAGGAGAAGAUGCGGAUGGAGGUGGUGAGCAGGAUCGAGAGUGUGAUUAAGGAGCUGUGGCCCAGUGCUGACGUCCAGAUAUUUGGAAGUUUUAAAACUGGCCUGUAUUUGCCUACUAGUGACAUCGAUCUCGUGGUGUUCGGGAAGUGGGAGAACCUGCCCCUCUGGACCCUGGAAGAAGCCCUUCGGAAACACAAGGUUGCAGAUGAGGAUUCAGUGAAAGUUCUAGACAAAGCUACUGUACCUAUUAUUAAAUUAACAGAUUCUUUUACUGAAGUGAAAGUUGAUAUCAGCUUUAAUGUCCAGAAUGGAGUGAGAGCCGCAGACCUCAUCAAAGAUUUUACUAAGAAAUAUCCUGUGUUGCCAUACCUGGUUUUAGUAUUGAAGCAAUUCCUAUUACAGAGGGACCUUAAUGAAGUAUUUACAGGUGGAAUUGGUUCUUACAGUCUCUUUCUAAUGGCUGUCAGUUUCCUCCAGUUACAUCCCAGGGAAGAUGCCUGCAUCCCCAAUACAAACUAUGGUGUUCUCUUAAUAGAAUUUUUUGAAUUAUAUGGACGACACUUCAAUUAUUUAAAGACUGGCAUCCGGAUAAAGGAUGGUGGUUCUUAUGUGGCCAAAGAUGAAGUACAGAAAAAUAUGCUAGAUGGGUACAGGCCAUCCAUGCUUUAUAUUGAAGAUCCUUUACAACCAGGUAAUGAUGUGGGAAGGAGUUCCUAUGGGGCCAUGCAAGUGAAACAGGCCUUUGAUUAUGCUUAUGUCGUUUUGAGUCACGCUGUAUCACCAAUAGCAAAGUACUAUCCCAACAACGAAACAGAGAGCAUAUUAGGUAGGAUAAUUAGAGUAACAGAUGAAGUUGCUACGUACAGAGAUUGGAUCUCCAAGCAGUGGGGCUUGCAGAACAGGCCGGAACCCUCAUGCAAUGGUCCGGUGUCAUCCUCUUCUGCUACGCAGUCCAGCUCCAGUGACGUGGAUUCAGAUGCGACACCAUGCAAAACUCCAAAACAGCUGCUCUGCCGUCCGUCCGCUGGGAACCGAGUAGGGCCACAAGAUGUGACCUUGGAGUCUUCUCAGACAGUUGGGAAAAUGCAGAGCACCCAAACCACUAACCCACCCAACAGCACCAACAAAUCUCAGCAUGGAUCAGCAAGGCUCUUUCGCUCUUCCAGCAAAGGCUUCCAAGGUACAACUCAGACAAGCCAUGGUUCCUUGAUGACAAACAAACAGCAUCAAGGCAAAUCCAAUAAUCAGUAUUACCAUGGCAAAAAGAGGAAACACAAGAGGGACGCACCCCUCUCAGACCUUUGUAGAUAGUCGGCACUGUGCGAUGGACUGUCUUCUGUGUGCAAUGCUCUCACGCUCAGGACAGUUGCAUAGGGACUCCUGGGACACAGUCAGGAGCGUCACACUGUUGAGACGGUGAUUUAGCAACUGCGUUUUUCCCAGCUCGCCACGGAAUGGAUCAUGGAGACUGACAACUGCAAAAACAGAAAACAAGCAAAACGGGGAAAAAAGCUGCUUAUUUGAUAAGUCGUAUGCUACAACAGGGUCAUUUUAAGAUUUAAAGCUUGAAUGUAAAAUACAUAUAUUUCUCAUUGGCUUUAUGCAGAGUUAUAGGGAAUAGUAUUCAGUGUGGGUAGGGAGAUAGAAAUAAAACACAGUUUUGGAGGAUGGGGUGGGAAAGGCAAACAGAAGUAUCCUAUAGGAAGUCAGAUUCCAAAGGGGAAAGUGAUCUGUGCAUGGUUUUUUUUUUUAAUAUUUUUGCAUAUAUUUACCAUUUUAUUGUCUGUAUAUAUAGAAGACCAUAUAGGAAAUUGAUAUUUGUAAUAGUGGAUUUGUUAAUACUUUUUACAUAACAUUACUGUUUGAAUUGUAAACAGAUUUCUUCUCAGGAUUAGUUUGAAGAGUAAUCUGAAUUGUCAUCUUGGCAUCCAUAUAUAGGGAAGUGAUUAGUUCUAUUACUCAGUUUGUUUUCCUUGGCAUUGAAAUGACUUAAUAGAACCCUUGUGACCUGCUUCAAAAUUUUUUCCUCUCUAAAGAAAAGGUUUAUGGUGGCAAAUGACAUUUAUUUUAUUUUAUAAAAAAAAGAAAAAAGAAAAAAAUGUACUAUGUACUUUUGUGUAAACACUGAAAAAUCUCUGGUCAUCUCUGAGAACUAACUUGCUCCUGUUUUCUAGUGUGCUGUCAUUUUGGGCAGUGGGCAAUUACAUGACUUCGUAUUUGUUCCUUCGCAGCCUUUUUUCCUGCCCUUCUCUCUGUCUUCACACCAGCCCCAGCAGGAGACGCAAGGCCGCCCUCGUCUGGUCUCCUUCCUGGCGCAGAGCAGCCUCAAGCUCCGCGAGCUCUGCAUGCAGCCCCCGACCCUGUGUGCUGCGUGCGCUUGUGGGUCUCAUCUCUUACUCUUUCAGAUUCAUGCUUAACUACUGUGGGGGAGGAUAACUGUAAACAGCUUUAAUUAAAUCAUACUUAUAAAAACUAUUUUCUUAAACUCCACUUUAUGCUUUUGGUAUUGUCAGUCUUUAAAAAUUAAAUGGUCUUUGAUAAUGGAUCUAUUUUGUAUUGCCUUAUUAAGACCAAAUACUUCUAGUCAUCCCAUUCUUUAUCUUCUCCUUUCAUGGAAUUGUUGUCUUUAAUUAAAACUUUUUUAAACAUUGGCUUGUUUUAAUCAUACUGUAAAGCUUGGUUGUGGUCAGCUCUGAGUGCAAAUGAGAUGUAAAAUUCUGUUAUUCCUCACCUGUUGAGUUGGAAACUCAGCUGGGAAUAUUUAAUAUAGUAGAAUGAAUGUAAGUGACAGUUCUGAAAGUACUUGCUUCCAAGGUGAAAGCUCUUAUGUUUAGCAUCACUGAAUGUGGCUUUGUUAAAUACAGCCAUUUCUGAGAUGAGAUUCUUUUAUACACACACACACACACACACACACACACACACACACAGUACUAUUGGCUUUUUAGGGAUUUCUUUUAUGUGCGUUUAUGGAGUAUCAAAGACCAAUCAGACCACUAAUGGACACACAGUGCAACUUUUUAUAAAAGAAAAUAAUGUUAAAGUAAGACCAAAACUGAUGUCAUCAUUGAAAUUAACUAUUUUCAAUAUGUUCGUAUUUUAAUUCACAACGGAAAAAUGUGUUCCAAAACUGGAAACUCAUAGUACUUGUGUAAACUGUGGAUGAUUUUAAAUGUGAUGUUAUUUUGAUGAUGUUUUAAAUUUUAGAGUCAUGUUUUAUUCUGAUCAGAAUUUUUAUCAAGAUGUUGAGCUUUUGUUUUUUGAAACUAGUUUGUCAUAACAUAUUGUGCAUAAUCACAGUAUUUAUUUUGUAGGACUUGUGAAUGUGUAGACUUAUGUUUACUGCUAAGGGAACAAUUAUUUAUAAAAUAAUAUUCAAUCCAGUAUUAGCUGCCUACUUCAGACACUUAAUACUUGCAGAGAUCCAUGUUACAUUUACCACACUGAAGUUUUGUUUUCUUGGUUUUAUUUUAUUUUUUUCAGAAUCACCCUCAUUGUUGAAAGUAAAUGUACUCUUAGGGUGCGAAUAUUAGUGUUCCAAUAAGCAUGUGAUUAUAUUAAGGUGGUGGUAGCGGGAAGAUAAUCUUGAUUCCAUUGGGAAUCUUAGGUUUUCGUAAAUUUAUUGGGAAAAUAGUUUUUCCUGUACUGCUGAAGUUUCUUUUUGGUAAACAGUAUCUUUCUAAAAGAAAAAGCAUGAAGGAGAAAUUGAGGUGUAUAUACAUGUCCUCAAAUGACCAGCAUUGUAUUCGUGAAUACUGUGUAUCUCGGAAAGAACAGUGUGGAAGCUGUUCAUUUUUCAAUCUGAAGUAAAAUACU